CUGCCCACCGGGAGGAGCGGGAUGCAGCGCAGGCCCUGCCCGAGUUGAGCCGCUGUGGAAUGGGGAGCGGAGCCGAGCGGACGGGUUCCUCCUCUGAACGCGGCCACUGUGAGCCCGCGGUGCCUGGUGCUCCAGGGGUGCUGGUACCGCGCUGGGGCCUCCUCGCUCGCUGUGACUCCACUGAGGCUGCUCCGGUGACCCCAGACCGGCCCAGCCUGGGAGCGUUCUCCGGUGCAGCAGCUGGGAGAGCAGCCGGACUCCGUAAUGUGGAAGAGUGGGAGCGAAGCCUGGCUGUUUGGGAAGGGGCUCCGUGCCGGCAGCUUUCCCAGCUAGACCUCCAUGUGUUGAGCUUUGUUGAUUGAAAGUAAAAGCAUUUUUUGUUUGUCAGGAAGGUUGAUCCACUACGGGGAAGCGGGGAAGCGUUGCUGCCCGGCACAACACCAGCUCCCUGGCUUUCACCCCUGGGCCCCACAAGGUGUUUACCUCGGUACAGUGCAUCGGAAACUCCGAAUUUCAGGGCUGCUUCACCUUAGCGUGACCGAAAGCAGGAAAGGUGUAGUAAAAGUGGAGUUCUGGGUUUGAGAUCUAUGGGAUACCUUACCUCGAAACGGCAGGGGCUGCAACAUCCUGCUUAGUGUCUGGGGCCUGGAACUGCGGGGUUAACAUAAAAACCCCCUUCCCAGGUGCGUAGAUGAAAGGAAAACAGAUUCUGAAAACUGAUUCCUUGGAGCAGGUCUUGUUUCUGCUGUCUGGGGGGAAUCUAGUUCAGCAGGAGGAUUCUGCAGUCCUCAUACUGCAGGAGUUGUCAGAAUUCUCUUUGGGCCAUGAAACUGAGCUCUCCGGCUGAGGGACUUGGGAGAGAGCAGCAGGACGGGUCUGGGAGCCACUGGAGCUACAGCGAGGUGCCAGCAGUAAGAGCCAAGAUGCAAGGGGCAGCGUCUGCGAAACUGCUCCCGUGCCCACGGCUGAGCUGGGAGCGCAGCAGCGGAACCGUGGCUCGGGUUGUGUGGGAGCAGCCAGCAUGGAGCUCCCGGGGCUCAGCGGAACAGGGUGGAGCUGAGUCCAUGCGGAGUCUGGCAGUGGGAAACUGCUGCUGUGAAGCUUCUAGAACCGGUCCCACAGUUCUGCUGUCACGGUUGUCUCUGGACUAGAGACAUGGGGGUGCAUGGUGCUCAACCAAAUGCGCUGGGGCAGGCAGCAGGAAUUUAUUUGGCAGCAGAAAUUGCAGCCGCAUGCUGGCGAUUUGCUCCCGGUGCUGCUCGGAGUUGUUACCAGUUAUUGCUGCACAGGAUGAAGCACGUUUAAAUUCACCUCCCUGGUUCAAAGCAUCCCACAUCCCGUUAGGGGGGUGGGGAUGACGCAGAACUGGAGCGCGUGCUGAAGCUGUCGUGGGGCUGGAGUCCCCUCGGAAUCGCGUGGUUGAGUGGAGGCACCGCCAGGGUCUCCCUGUGCCGCGUGGGCCCAGCAGCGUCAGCGAGGGAACAGAGGAUUCUCUGUGGGUGCGGGGGAGCCGUCUCAGAGCACGUACACACUUCUCCGCUGGUUCCAUGCCUGCAGUUGGCUCCUCAGAAUCUCUGGGUGGGCCGGCGACGCAAAGGGGCUGUGACUUCCGCCUCUUCCCAAGCUCUGGCCAGCAGAUCCAGCGUAUCCUGCCUUUCUGGUUUGCAUGGUGCCUGGCUGAAGCAUUUCUCAGGCUGCUGGGGGGAGGAUUUUGUGCUCCGUGUGGGAAGAGGAGAGAUGGGAGCAGCAGAUUAAAGAGGAGAGGAAGCUCUGUAAGGCUGGAAUUACAGCCAGCACGGUUUUGCGGGGAUCUCCAGGGAGGCGGCCAACGUUCAGCAUUAGAUGUGAGUUGUGUUCUGGCGCCUAUCCUCCUCCCUUCGCAGCCAGGAUGCGUGCAGUUCCCCUAGCAGGGCUGCGGACAGGCUGCUGGCAUCUCAGAACCCUGGAUCUUGGCACCAGGACCGAGGUCAUGGCCAAACCAGAGCUGCAGGAGUGCGGAGCACACGGCUCCUUGGGAAGGCUGGAGAGGUUACCGCUGGCGGAGUGCUGAUGCUGCUCAGUCGGAGCCCCUGCCUCAUCCUGAGUGGGGACACCGGGAUUUCUGUUCCAAUAAUAGUGUGUCCCUGUAAUGGACCAAGCUCCAGGUAGACAGAUUUUUUUUCCGUGAGAAAUGGCUGCUGCAUGGUACCCAAACACGUGGGGAUGAAGCUGUUCAUAUCUCACCCCUUCUUCCCCUCUGGAGUCUCUCAUUCCCUGUCAGAGGAGGAAACUUGUGUCCAAUAGGGAACUAAACGCCCUGCAGCCAGGACACAGCUGCACCAGCUGUUGCCCCUCACCAGAGCCUUAGCAUUCCCUAAAAAUGCCACUGAAAGGGAAAGUGUGCACUGUCACCCAGGAUCCAGCUUGAAACCAGAGGCUGCAUUUAGAGACCACGUAGAUUUUGUGCUCUCAGAAGUUCUCUGCUCUGUUCUCAGCCUCGGAGCUGAUGCAUUUCACGCUACGGUGGGUGCAGAUGCUGGUGGAGGCAGCCAUGGCCACUGCACUGGCCGUGCUCCCGCUGGCGGCAUUGGUGUUGCUGGGCUGCAAAGUGCCCAGAGCACCAAGGGAGCUCAAGCUUCCUGGCCUGGCUCUGGUUCCGUUCAUCCUGUGGAUCUGCAGGGACUUGUGCCGGGAGCAGGGCAGGAAUGAGCUGUGGGGCAUGGGAGCGGUGCAGUGCUCUGUGACCACACACAUUGUGAAGGUGAGUUCCUCCUUCAUCAGGCUGUGCCGGAGCGCAGGGCAGAGACUGUUCGUGGGAGCUGCCAUGGCAUAAGGUGGGAAUGCUGGCUGUGUCCGGCUGUGCUCGGCUUCCUGCAGUCGCUGUGGUUGCAGUAAAUGCCGCAGUUGGGCGCUGCUAACUCCGAGUGUUUUGUCUCAGCCUGGCCCACAGGUCUUUGGCAUUGGCUCUGCGGGGGCACCGGCCACAAAACCCCGGAAGUAGUCGAAGUGUGGGAAGCACCCAUGCUCUCCUGUGCCCUGGCAACAGAGCUUGUGCUGGGUCGCUGUUUGCUUCCUCCUGGAACGCCGCGUGCUGUUGUGGGCUUGGCCUGCGUUGCCAGGAGAGCGACUGGAAGUGGCAGGGAGCCCGUGGCUGAGCUGGGGUCGCCUUUGCCUGCUGAUUGGGAAUGGCUGUGCUUGAGCAUUGCAGGCAGCCCGCGUCCGCCAAGUGGUACGACCGGAGGGACUACGUCUUCAUCGAGUUCUGUGUUGAAGACAGCAAAGAUGUCAAUGUAAAUUUUGAAAAGUCCAAACUUACAUUCAGUUGUCUUGGAGGGAGUGACAACUUCAAACAUUUAAACGAAAUUGACCUUUUUAACAACAUUGAUCCAAAUGAGUCCAAGCACAAAAGAACAGACAGAUCCAUCCUGUGCUGUUUACGAAAAGGGGAGUCUGGGCAGGCGUGGCCGCGGUUAACAAAAGAGCGGGCAAAGCUCAACUGGCUCAGUGUGGACUUCAACAACUGGAAGGACUGGGAAGAUGACUCGGACGAGGACAUGUCCAACUUUGACCGCUUCUCGGAGAUGAUGAACAACAUGGGUGGAGACGACGACGUAGACUUGCCAGAAGUAGACGGGGCAGAUGAUGACUCACCGGACAGCGAUGAUGAAAAAAUGCCUGAUCUGGAGUAAGGAAAUCUGUCGUCUUCAGGGUUUGGGGAAAGAAGUUCAUCACAGCAUUUCAUAACCGCGAUUCGAAUUCCUGAGUUGAUAGCCCUAAGGGGAGACCCUGCAUCCUUUAACCCAUUUUCAGUCCAUUUUGAAUGGCUUCGCUGAGGGUAGGGGUGAGCCACGGCACGGGGCGGUCACUGGCCAUGGCAGGCAGCCACGUUAUGCAUGAGCCGUUCCCAGACUUCCACACAAUCCCAGUCCGGUGUAGGUGAUCAAUACGACGCAGUCGCAAUAAAGUUUAUGGAGCCCCUCGCCUUGUGGCCAAUACAGUCGCGGCGGGAGGGCCCUGGACCUACCCCAGCAGCCAACGGUGCGUUUGUACCAGGAACCAAACCGGCUUGAGUGAGGGCGAUGCCAUUGGCGUCCCGGAAUUCUGCCGCGGUGGCUCCAGGCCCCUUCCCAUAAAGUUCGUUUUAAAAAGGAAACUGGUUCCCCCGUUGGGUGUUUGCCCCUUCCCGGUGCCCCAGGGCUUUCCCGGGGCCAUUCCCCCCCCUCCCCCUGCGUUCAGACCAAACCGAUUUGCACUGAGGGCAUGGAAGCGAGUGACCCCGAGGCGCGGCUGCGGCCGGGGCUCAGAGCAGCCGGGAUUUUUUUAAUGUCUGCAUUCUUUCUAAUAAACUGUUGAAGACUC